AGAGAAUGCAUGACAAAUGCACGAGGCUUAAUAUGUUAAAACUCCUAACAUUGUUUUCAUCCAUCAUAUGGUCUCAUUUAACAUAGUCUUAAACUAAACACAAUGUUGGUGUAAAUGUGCCUUAGAAGGCACUUGUAUAUCCGGCACGUUUAUUCUGUUGCAUGCGCGUUCCUUGUCUCCCCAUCGGAUAUAUUUUUAUAUGACACUGCAUCAAAACCGGCGACGGCAGCUAGCUAGCGGCUAGCUUGCUAAACAUUCAAGCGUUCAAUUAUUUAAUUCAUGUAUGACAAUUAAAGACCGAUAAAACUCAACCGUGAUGAAGCCAGCAGUCGACGAGAUGUUCCCCGAAGGAGCUGGGCCAUACGUGGAUCUUGAUGAGGCCGGGGGGAGUACAGGACUGCUCAUGGACCUGGCCACCAAUGAGAAGGCAGUUCAUGCAGACUUUUUCAAUGAUUUUGAAGACCUUUUUGAUGACGAUGAUGUCCAGUGAGGAAGAUUAUGGAUUUAUUUUUUGGGGGGGAUUUUAUUUUUAAUAAGGUGAUUGAAUGAAAGAGUGGAUGAUUUUCUGGGACUACAUGGAAAACUGGCUAUUUAAACUCUAAUGAUAUACAAUUUACAUUCAGCCAAAUAGCUAGUUCGAGGUUUUAACAAAAUCGCCACUGCUGCCACCAGAUGUUGCACGAUUCCCCCAAAAUAUGUUGGAAUGUUCCAAUUUAUGAGUUGCUAUCAUGCUAACGUAGCUUCAACAGACUUCCAAGCUGGAUUAUAGGUUUGUCUCUAUCUCUCCCCUCUUCUCUCUGAGAACACCUGUUCCUCAGGCAUGUGGAGCAUAAUUAUAUACGGGAUGAUCCCAGAGCCUCCGAUGCAGUCAGAUUGCAGAUGGCAGAUGAUGAAUGGGGCGCCACAAAGAAUCCCUUAAAUUAUUUGUAAUGACAAAUAAAAGCCUGAGAAUAAUGAUAGUUCCUAGGUUUUAUAUAUGGGCACAGUGAGGCUUGAUGGAUAUGGUGUUUUGGAUUAAUAUCCUGUUUCAUUUUGUCUCCAUUGGUUACAUAAAUGUUAAGGAGAAAGAUGAGAAAAUGCAUAUAUCACUUGUCCAUGUAUUUGGUUACCUUGGAAACACUAGAGCAGGACACAGUACAUUAUAAAGCUCUAUAUACUGUAUCUACAGUACCAGUCAAAAGUUUGGACACACCUACUCAUUCCAGGGUGUUUAUUUUUUUGUACUAUUUUCAACAUUGUAGAAUAAUAGUGAAGACAUCAAAACUAUGAAAUAACACAUCUGGAAUCAUGUAGUAACCAAAAAAGUUUUAAACAAAUCAAAAUAUAUUUGAGAUAUAUAUGAUGACAGCUUUUGCACACUCUUGGCAUUCUCUCAACAAAAUGUUAAUUGUACUCCACAAAGAAUUACAUGAAUAAUCUGUAUUUUCUAAAGUAAACAACUGAAGCACAAA